AUGUACGCAUUGUCAUUUAACAUAUCACACCAAAAUUUUGCAGUUGUCUGUGGCCAACCAACACUGCCGUCGAAACAGUCGGAUCGAUCCGACUCGACGGUCGGAUCCGUUGCUGAAUGCGUCGUCGGUGGCGCCGUCUGGAAAUGCGUCGCCGUCAUGCGCGCAUAUCUCAUUCUUCGAAUCGUUCUGCUUCUGAUUCCGUUCUGCGAUUCCGCCGAUAUCGGUGUGACAGUUCUUGCCGACGACAGUAUCAGGAAUGCGCAGAAGAUACUGGAUUCAGCGAAAUCUGAAAUUCAAAAAACCAUGCCAAGCGUUAACAUCGAUUGCGAAAUCGUCGCGACGAGCUGCGAAAAUGCUGACGCGCAAUAUUCUUCAACAUUUCUCCACAACUUCUAUUCGAAAUCGCAUCGAAUGAUGAUGGGAAGAACGUGCGAUUUGGAUGAAGCAUUGUUGUAUGAGUUGACUAAGCGGAUUAACGUGAUUCGCAUGGAUAUAUUCAACGAUGAAUAUCGAGGAUUUCCACCGACGCUCAAGAUGAUGUCUCGGUCGACGUUCAACAUCGCUGAGAACAUGCUUGGCUUGAUUCGUGGUUUCAACUGGGACGAGAUCGGAAUUGUCGAAUGCCGCGAAUGCUACAAUGACGAUGUGACGGCCAGCGAGAAGAACAUGACGCGAAUCAUCGAGAUCCUCAAGGAAAACGACAUUUCGGUCAAAACCAACAUCAAUUUGAGGAGAAAUGAGAAGAGGGAGCGAAUAAUGGAAAGAUUGUUGAAGCUGGAAAAAAUUACAAGAGUAUUAUUCCUGUUCCUCGGCAACAACCUUAGUGAUUAUUUGGAGUUUUUUCAAACAUUUUAUUCGAAUAAUGUCUCGCCCGCCGAUUUUAGAUUGAUUAUAGUGCUAUCAAAAUAUUCUAAUAUUGAACGCUCGUAUCCAUGGAUGAUCGAUGGCUCUUUAUUACCGGUAUUUGAACACGCUCUAUUGCUAGUCAACGAUUUGUAUUCUUCGCCCGUUUUUGGAAAUUUGAAUUCGAAAUUUUCGUUUUCUUCUGUAGACGAAGCCAUUGUUUCACUUCAAAUCUACGAGGCAUUUUUUGUAUUUGCCGUAUAUUCGUUGAACGAUGAAAUUAGGGACCCGAUCGAUUUCGAGAUUGUCGUGCAGAAAUUAUCAAGUCUCAAAAUUGAUGGUCCAUAUGGAGAAAUUUAUUUUAAUAAAGAGGGAUAUCGGAUAGCACCAUUUAAACUAUUAGUUGUAAAUAUCUCAUAUGCGAAUAGCAACUAUCUUCAAAAACUCGCCGAUUUGACAAUUGAUCGGUCGUGCUCAAUGAAUGCAUGUGUUAUGUUCAAUGCUGAUGGGUAUGAUUUUAUAGCGAUUGACAACGAGGAAGCUUGCAUUUUAAAUGAAGACAAUUGCAAAAAUUCCUGGUUUUCCCAUAAGAAUAUCAUUUAUGUGGCUAUUGGAAUAUUGGCGAUUAUUGUGAUUAUAAUAGUAUAUUGUUUUUGUCAAAAACUGGGAAAUGAGAAGGGAUCGGCGUUGCCUAGCUCGAAUAGAAAAGAUCAGAAGCUAAAGAAGCCGAAGAAGAAGGUGAAUGAGAAUCCAUGGCUGAUCAAUCAUGAGGAUAUUCGAAGAUUGGAUCUGAAUGCUCUCGAAGGAAGCCAACACAUGUCGCUGCAAAGUCUACAAAAGAAGCUGGAAGAAUCGGCGAACAGUAAAACAAUAAAAUCCAAGCAAAUCGCAACGAUCGAAAAUCGAUUUGUGGUCAUCGAGAAGUAUUUGCUUCGAGAGAAAAUGCGGAUGGAUCGAGCAGACACUGCGAAAGCUCUUCAGCUGAAAAGUGCCGUUCAACAUGACAAUAUCAAUCCGUUCUAUGGAUUUGCAUUCGAUAAGCCAACGAGUAUGUAUGUGAUUUGGAUUCAAUGUUUUCGUGGAAGCCUUGCUGAUGUUGUUCUCUCUUCGGAUCGCACUGAGAUCAAUUUUCUUAGCAGUCAAAUCCAAGGAUCAUUCCUUCGCGAUAUUCUCAAAGGUCUCGACUAUCUUCACAAUUCAGUCAUCGGAUUUCAUGGCAGUCUCACCUCGUACAAUUGCAUGGUUGAUGCCCACUGGAUUCUGAAACUCAGCAACUUCGGCGUCAACAAUCUAUUGUACAAAUGGAAGGCGGCGGACACGAUCAGCACAAUCGAUAAUCGGCCGCUGAUUCCGAGUUCCGAACUCCAUUAUUACGCUCCAGAAGUGCGGAAGCAUUUGAAGGAUUUGAUGAUGAACCCGAAACUCAAUCCAUCAGUAUCGCCGAUGAUCGGAAAAAAAGCGGACAUGUACUCGUUUGGAAUGGUCUUUUUCGAUAUUCUCUUUUAUCAGAAAGCUGUUCAUCUGGAAGAUGCUCCGCUGCCCGAGUGUCAAAUAAUGAACAUCGCCGAUGAGGCGUUGAUCCCCCUUCGUCCUGACAUUCCCGAUAAGGACUACCAUCCGGAAUUGAUCACGAUUCUACAAAGAUGUUGGAGCACUACGCCUCGCGAACGACCUGACACCUCGUUGGCUCGAAAAAUCAUCGACGCGGUUCUCAAAUUGCCUGGAUCGCUUGCGGAUCAGAUGAUGAAGAACAUGGACGCGUACACGGGCAACCUUGAGAAAUUGGUUGAGGAAAGAACGGCGGAUUUGAAGGUCGAACAGCAGAAAGCCGAUGAUUUGCUGAUGGAAUUGCUACCGAAAAUGAUUGCCGACCAAUUGAAAAUCGGAAAAACAAUUCGCGCCGAGACCUACGAAUCGGCGACAAUUCUCUAUUCGGAUAUCGUCGGAUUUACAUCGCUCUGCUCGGAAUCGCAGCCAAUGGAAGUUGUUGAAUUGCUAUCAGGAAUGUAUCAAAGAUUCGAUUUGAUUAUCAGUCAGCAGGGUGGAUAUAAGAUGGAAACAAUUGGAGACGCCUAUUGUGUUGCCGCCGGACUCCCGUUGGCCAGUCGAACAGAGCACGUCAGAAGCAUUGCAAUGAUCGCUCUACUUCAGAGAGAUUUGUUGCAUCAAUUCGAAAUUCCGCACCGCAAAGGCCAAUAUUUGAAUUGUCGAUGGGGAUUCAACACUGGCUCGGUGUUCUCUGGCGUCAUCGGCAUUCGUGCACCGCGUUAUUCUUGCUUCGGCGAAACGGUUUCGGUUGCGGCCAAAAUGGAAAGUUCGGGUGUUCCCGAUAGAAUUCAAAUGACGUUGAAGAGCCAACAGAUACUCGCCUCCAACUAUCCCGAGUUUGCCUACUCGACCAGGGGCACAAUGAAGGUCGAGGGACACGGCAACUUUCUGACCUAUUGGCUCGAAGGAUUCAAAGAGGAGAAGACCGGGUCGGGCAAGAUCAAAGAGUUCCACACGCACAUCAACGAGCAACUAUCGCAGAUCAAAAGGGAUAGUUCGAUGAGUCUUGAUUCCACGAUGGAGAGACUGUCAGCGCCGACGGAGCGAAGCCGCGCUGAAGAAGAAGCCCGAAAAAUAAUGACAGAGAUCCGAGAAAAUGCGAUCAAGUCUUCAACAAUGGACACGCCGCCUUCGACGACGUCAUCUGACGCAACUGAAACGAGUGUAUCACCAAUUAUUCGUGCUGACAGUACAUUAUCGACUAUUCCAGAACUCUAA